GGGGGCACCGGGGGGUGCGGGGCCGCCGCCAUUUCGCGGGGCGGUGCGGGGCGGCCGCCAUUUCGCGGGGCCGUUGCGGGACCGCCGCCAUUUCGCGCUCUCCCCCCCCUCCCCCCCGCCCCGCAGAGGCGCGGCUGAAGGUGAUGGCUCGGUUCUCGCCCGAGUGCGCCGUGGUGCUGCUGGAGCACCUGGACACGGCCGUGACGCGCUUCCUGCUCAGCCUGCCGCCGCUCUGCCGCCUCUUCGAGCCCCAGCGCAAGGACGAGCCCGACGUGACGGCUGAGGCGGCGGUGCUGGCGUCCGUGGGCAUCGUGCCCUGCAGCCCCGAGCAGGGCCUGCUGCUGUCCGACAGCACGCUGCGUGCGCUGCAGGAGCUGGUGCAGGCCUGCUGCGUGGAAGAUGAAGGUGUUCCGGUCAUCAUGGUGUGCGGCCCAAAGAGCAUUGGCAAGUCCACGUUUAACAGAUACCUGAUCAACCUGCUGCUGAACCGCCUUCCCUCUGUUGAGUACAUGGAAUGUGACAUAGGUCAGACUGAAUUUACGCCGCCCGGAUGCGUGUCUUUAAGUAACGUAACAGAGCCGUUUCUCGGUCCGCCAUUCACGCACCAACGGACGCCGCGUAAGAUGGUGUACUACGGCCAGACCAGCUGCGAGCAGGACACAGAGAGAUACAUCGAUGUUGUGAAGUACGUGUUCAGCUCCUACAGGAAGGAAGUACCUUUAGUCAUCAACACUAUGGGCUGGGUGAAAGGUGAGGGGUUGCUGCUCCUGACUGAUAUGAUCCGGCUGUUGUCGCCCACUCACGUGGUUCAGAUGGAUGUGUACGACUGGAAGGCCAUGGCUCCGCUCACCCCCGAGAACGUCCAUCUGGCUCCUGGCCUGUACACCAAAGGCAAGCAGCAGGCCAAGUCCAGGCAGAUGGACCUGAGUGCAGCAGAGAGCUGGAAGUCCCCUGAAGGGGAGGAAGAUGCAUCAGCUCCUGAGUAUAAACUGCUCUACAUCCACCCUGAAUUCCCUCGAGCUGGGGUUGCAGGUGAAGCGCGAGUACACAGCAGCAUCUUACGUGACAUGUCCAUCCUGGGUUACCUGGGUCAGCUGCAGCCCCCAGACGUAGCGUCCGUCCUUCCGCUGCACAGCCUCGUGCCGUAUCAGGUACCUUUUAAUGCUGUUGCACUCAGGGUUAUUCAUACUGAUGUUGCUCCUACCAACAUCAUGUACGCAGUGAACGCCAGCUGGGUUGGGCUCUGCAGGAUACCAGAUGAAAUCAGAUCCCAAACUGCCGGGCCAGUCCUGCUGACACAGACACCCAUCUGUGAUUGCCUCGGCUUCGGAAUUGUCCGAGGGGUCGACAUGGAGAAGCAGCUCUAUCACGUCCUGACCCCGGUGCCUCCUGAGAACCUGAGGCUGGUGAAUUGUCUGCUGCUUGGAAACAUUGCUAUUCCUAACUGCAUUCUUGUGAGCCAGGAAGGAAUUGAGGGAGAGAUCCCUUAUGUCACAUCUGAGUAUAACUACAGCAUUUUGGGGUCUGGGAAGCUGAGAAAGAAGAAGCAUUUCAAGAAGAGGGAAUACACGUUCCAGUGUGAUUACACUUGAAGCCUUUGGGUCCUUGGACUGCAGGAUUUGCUUAAGUGGCACGAGGCAGCAGGCCUGGGGACCACGGCUCCAGGAGACCCCGAGCAAGCAUCCGAUCUGUAGAUACUAAAAGAUCAUUUUUAACAGUAUUUUAUAUUUUCAGGAUGUAUUUUGGCGUUUUGUAAUAAAUAAGUUAAAAACA